AAGGGGGAGAUAACCCAAGACAUUUUAGGCCUAAAACGUGCACACAGACUGACUAAAUUGCAUGAACAGCACAAUGACAUUGCAGUGACAUCUCUGUGCCAGACCAGUUUCUUUCCAGACAGUAAAACUUACUGAAGCCUAGAUUUGGAUAUUGAAAAGACUAGGUUCAGAGAGCUAUUGUGCACAAACACUGUGGGAUGGAUCCAAUGGAUGUAUACAAUUAUACAGCUGGCAAUUCACCGUGGGAACUGUGGGAGUCAAGGCAGCAGAAUGUCAACAGUUUGGGUACACUUUAACCUCGUCAUGUUGAGCUUGUAAACACCAAGACUGUUGCAGCCAUUACAGCUGAACUUGUAGCUUGCAAGAAAUCUUGCAAGAUUUCAGGUUUCAGAACUUGCUCUCUUGCUCGCAAAAACUGCUGUCUGUUCCUGAACUGAGCAUAGGAGCUAGUGUGCUGGUCUGCAACUGCUUAUUGAAAGCACCUAAAAACCACAGGGAAACUUUGCUUGAGGGCUAUUUGAAUCUCAUUAACCGUUUCACAUCAGAUUCUAUCAGAGGAAGUCAGAAGAAGUCAGUUUUUCAUCCCCCCACACAACCAAAUUCCAUGAUACUAGAGAAUGGACAAAGAACGACAGUUGCCUACUAACAGGACCACCUGCAGCAAGAUGGGUCUCCUCAUUGCCGCUAUCCUUGUUCUCUGCAUGCUCUUCUCCGCUGUCGCCAUGGUGAUGUCAAUACUGACAUUCAACAACCAAAGCUGGACAACAACAGAAGAUGUUAUCGUUGUUGAAGAUGACCCAAUUUGGGAGAGAGAAACACUAUCUGAGCUGGAGAAUAUGCUGGAGAAAGAUGGUCUCAUGAGCUUUUCCAAGUAUCGUCCUAACAAGACACACCCUGCUGUUGUUGGCAUAGAAACUGUACGUGUGCAGAGAGAAGAUCGUGAAGCUUUGUUUGAUGAUAUGUGCAAUUCCACCAAAUCCAAUUAUUCGGGUUCCUUACCGUUUGCUCACAUUGUGCCUAAUGAGGAAAUACAUGAAGGAUUACUAGCUAGUACUAUUGGGGAAAAGGGCCACCGAGAUCCCUAUGUUGUGAUAACUCGAUCCUGGAAAUGUGGAGCCCACCGAAAGAACAAUCCGUUUGGGAUAAUAUCUGGAGGAAUGGUCUUCAAUCGAUCGUCUGGCUACCUCAUUCUACCCAAAGAUGGUGUGUACUAUAUCUACUCACAUGUGCAGUUCAAGCUACAAGAUUCAGACAAGACGUAUGAGACAGCUGCUCGAAUGGCCGCUUGUAUUCCCGGGGAGGAGUGCACAAUGGAUGAGUUUUUCUACACCAAACUAACGGAAUCUGGAGGAACAGUGACACAACACAAUUACAAGCGAACGCCCGGUGAAGGGGAGCAUGGUUUAUACCAAGGUGGUCUCUUCCAUUUUCCAGCGGGAACUCGAAUCAUGAUUCUGGCAAAGGACCCAAAGUUUAGGCUUCCCAGACGAGAGCAAAACUUGCCUGAUAAACUGUUAACCAGUGUGCUGAAGGAGAAGUCCUACAUGGGCGCCUAUCUUGUUCAAGAAAUAGACUAUGUUUUCUGAUCACGAUCAUUGUAAGAACACUUUUGUUUUUAUGUGCACAUUGUAUCACAUUGUAUCUAUGUAUGUAUUGUUUAUGUGCACAUUGUAUCUAUAUGUAUGUAUGUACACAACAAAACUUUUGUAAAAUAA